AGGACUACAAGAGGCGCUGGUUCGAUCCAUUCUUACUACUUACUACCACCCGAUCAUGCAUGCAUGACUUAGGCUCUUCAUUGCAUCUCCCGUAUACCAAGCACCAAUAACCCCUACAACCACCAUUCUUGCGGAUAAUCGAUAUCCGUAAUGACGUCCAUCCAAGCCAUCUACAUUCGAGGCUAUGAAGAACGUUAUGAACCCAAAUCGCACGUAGUCUACCGCAUAGAGAUCCAAGCGUCCGUCCGCUCAUGGCAAAUGUGGCGACGAUAUUCGGAGUUCGUCGAUCUCCACACCGAACUCGCGAAAUCCACAGGGUCACCUCCACCAAGUAUACUCCCGCCUAAACGAUCAGUGACCAUGUCCAUGCCACUCUUUCGAUCAAAGGCUAGUCAGGAAGCCUUGGAACAGCGGAAGGAAGGGCUUGAACGGUACCUCCGAGCGAUCCUCAGUGCCAAGGAGGACAAGUGGCGGGAGAGUUUCGCUUUUCGGGAUUUCUUGGGUGUGCCUGUGGGGAAGCAGGGGGGAGUGGAAGGGGGUGCUCCUUCAUCGUUUACGAGCUCGUCAUGGUUGGACGAACAUAUCGACCUUCAAGCUCGAAUACGAGAUAUCCGGGCGGAUAUUAACAAACGGGAUGCCCUUUCAGAUCGAGGUGACGUCUCGGGGUCUCAUCAGGCGAACGUCCAGGCGAAGAAGAAGCUUGCUGGUGUGUUAACCCGCGUUGGGGUCCUAGAGUCUGGAUUGCAGACCCUCGGACUGGCUGGGAUGAGUGAGGGAGAGUUGCAAAGACGGAGGGAUAUGGCUGCACGACUACGUGACGACUGCGAAAGGUUGGCCAAGAUGGUCACCGUUGCACGUUUGACUUCUCGAGGAUUAGGACCCGCCGCAGAACGAAAUCCUGCGUCUGAAUCUGACAGGGCAGCAUUGCUCGAAUCACCAUCCAGCGCAGCGUUUGGUCGCCCGUCUGGACGAGCAUUUGGCGUAGCGCCUCAACCGAAGGAGACAGAACAAACUCGACCUUUGGACGAGACUGGCUUGGUACAGAUGCAGCACUCUCAGAUAGAUCAGCAAGACUCCCAGCUUGCGCAGCUUUCGACCAUUCUUCAGAGGCAGAAGCAUCUAGGUCUAGCCAUCAAUCAAGAGCUGAACGAGCAGACUGAGAUGUUGGAUGAUUUGACGAACGAGGUUGAUCGCUUUGGUGGGAAGCUCACGGGUGCGAAGAGGCAGAUGAACAGACUGGGGUAGACCAACAGAGGUUCCUUUAGUCGCAUUAUGAGCAUGCGGAAUCUGUUGUAUUCUUAUAUUUCUUGGCAUAUCUCUGCAUUGCUUCCUGUAGACACAUGGAUUUUCUGGGUUACUCUCUUUCAUUGAAUGGUGGAUAUAUCAUGUCAUAUUACAUCUCUAUGGUACUCUAGAUCCGUAUAAUAGUCCGUUACAUCAAUGUGGUAUCCUCUACAGUCUAUGAUAUCCGAUUGUCGUCCUCG